AUGGCGUUCCCUGCGCGGGGAAGGCGAUCGGUGGCCUUCGGCUACGCGUUUUUCUUUGAGCCCCAGGAGCAGCCGGCCGCCAGACAGAAGGAGAACCUCGCAACGUGGCGUCUGGACCGGUUCCGAGCCGACAGCCAACAAACGGCCAGGGCCGAGAGGUUCAUGCUGUCCAGUAUGAAUACCUCGGCGCUGGCCGCUUGUCCUGCAGCCAAUACCCAUAACAGCGAAUGGGCAAUGCCAUUGGACGCUCGCAUUGAGGAAUGUAAAGUUGGAGGCGCGACAGGUGAUCAGCCGCUGUGUCCUCCGAUGUCCGCGUUGGCGGCUGUGUCCCGCAGAGGCGCUCCGCGUGGGAGCGACAAGGCGGACACGUUGUCCGGCGUCUCGCUGACGGUCGGCGCUGUGUCGUCGUUCAGCGUCAAGGGCAGCGCCCGUAGCUCUCGCUCGUCCGAGUGCAGCAGCCUGGCGCCCUAUUGGGUUCCGGAAGAAGUUAAGCACUACUUCCGGCACCGACACCCUGCAACCGAUGACGGUGAAGUCAGCAGCCAGAAAACCGACGCGGCACUGCGUGAAAUCGGUCGUGAAAGGGAGCUGCCUGCCGCCGAUGACAGCCACUGGUCCGGGUGAGC